CUCUCUCUCUCUCUCCGUCCGCGUCCAGGGGCGAUCAAGCGGCGGGGAUGAUGGGAGUCCGUCCGGUCAGCCCUACCAGCCUACCGACCUACCGGCGCACCGGAACGCAGCAAAACACUCCGGUCUGACGGCAAAACUUCCCACUUUUUCGCCUUCAAUUAAUUCCUCCAAAAUAAAAAAAAUAAAAGCAACAGCUGGAGCCGCAAGGGGGACUUUUAUUUUGGAGGCGUGCGUUCUUCUUGUUAAUUGUCACACCUGAAAGGGAUGAGAAGAAAUUAAACAUCUCUUUUGCCGAGGUGGAGGAGCGCGUUUCUCGCGAUUAACGGAGAGUAAAAGAAAGCUGCAGCCGCUCCCGGAGGAUUAAAGCGGCCGAAGUUGGGAAGAUGCCGGAGGAACCGGAGCAGACGGAGUGAAGCAGUGAAGCAGCCCGGUGCGCACUUUCCCCUCCCCGGCUGGACUGAAGCGCUACAGUCCGCUCCCCCUGCCGCUGCUGGAGGGACACUUCUGCGCUCCUGCCUCUCCUCAUUGUUUCCGUCAUCAUUCUCGCUCUGCUUGGAUUUAAAAAAAAAACAAACAAACUUUUAUCUUCUUUUUCUUCCAAGAAACACUUUUCUUCUCUUGCGCUGCGCGGAGUUUUCCGCUCAUGGGUCGGCCACUUUGCGCCUCCUCUCCGGAUGGGAUUUGGCAGCUGUGAGCGGGGCGCGGUGGAGCGGUGAUGGUGUGAAAGCGACAUCAAGAAAAACCCCGCAGUUUUUAACGCAGGAGUUUCACAUCUGGUAUACUGGGCCAGUCAGCAGCAGGAUCAGGAUGAGAAGAUGGCUGGCUGUGUGUUUCCAAUGGGACCAGAGAGCUUUCAGCGCUUCACGCCGGACUCCCUGGCGGCCAUCGAGCAGCGCAUUGCCCAGGAGGAGGCCCGACGCAACAAACAUUACCAGGAGGACCUGGGCGACGUGGUGGUCCCCCGGCCCCGGCCCGACCUGGAGGCAGGAAAACAGCUGCCGCGCAUCUUCGCCGACAUCCCGUCUCAUCUGGUGGGCGUUCCUCUGGAAGACAUCGAUCCGUACUACUUCAAAAACAAGAGGCGGCUUGCUGAGAUAGGACUGACCGUGAACGGGCCGGAACAAAAGACAAAGCGAUCUGCCUACAAGAUGCCGAUGACCUUCAUAGUCCUGAACAAAGGGAAGGCCAUCUUCCGUUUCAGUGCCACAUCAGCUCUCUACAUCUUCAGCCCUUUCCACCCCAUCCGCAGAAUCGCCAUCAAGAUCCUGGUCCACUCGUUAUUCAGUUUGUUCAUCAUGUGCACCAUCCUGACCAACUGCUGCUUCAUGGCCAUGUCCGAGCCGGCGUACUGGGCCAAAUACCUGGAGUAUACCUUCACAGGUAUCUAUACGUUCGAGUCUCUCAUAAAGAUCUUGGCGAGGGGUUUCUGUGUGGGACCCUUCACCUUCCUGAGGGACCCCUGGAACUGGCUCGACUUCAGCGUCAUCGUCAUGGCAUAUGUGACUGAGUUUGUGGACCUGGGUAAUGUGUCAGCCUUAAGGACGUUCAGGGUGCUGCGAGCGCUCAAAACCAUCUCUGUCAUCCCAGGCCUGAAGACCAUCGUCGGCGCUCUGAUCCAGUCGGUGAAGAAGCUUGCCGACGUGAUGAUUCUCACCGUCUUCUGUCUGAGCGUCUUCGCCCUCAUCGGCCUGCAGCUCUUCAUGGGAAACCUGCGGCAGAAAUGCGUCCGCAGCCCGGCGCACUGCGUCAACGACAGCCUGCCGGCCAACACCUCCUUCUACUGCAACAACAAGACCUGGACCUCCCUGAAGGACUUCAUCAACGACGAGGACAACUUCUACAAGGUGGAGGGGGCCAAGGAUGCCUUAAUCUGUGGGAACGGCAGCGAUGCAGGAAAGUGCCCAGAUGGGUUUGACUGUCUGAAGACGGGAAGGAACCCCAACUACGGCUACACCAGCUUCGACACCUUUGGGUGGGCCUUUCUGUCUUUGUUUCGCCUGAUGACACAAGAUUACUGGGAAAAUCUCUACCACCAGACACUGCGUUCGGCCGGUAAGACCUACAUGGUGUUUUUCGUGGUGGUGAUCUUCCUGGGCUCCUUCUACCUGGUCAACCUUAUCCUGGCCGUGGUCGCUAUGGCGUACGAGGAGCAGAACCAGGCGACCAUUGCCGAGGCCUGCCAGAAAGAACGAGAGUUCCAGGUGGCCAUGGAGAGGCUCAAGAAGGAGCAACAGGUUGCCGCCCAGAAAAUUCUUGACUCUGACUCGAUGAUGUCACCAGACCUGUCGCCGUUUGGUCUGCCGUUGGACAGCAUGGAGGAGCGGAGGCGGAGUCAAGCGCUGAUGGGAGUGGCCGAUGUGGAGGCGAACUUAUCAGAGGAAAAGCUGCUGCAGGUGGACAUGACGGACGGGGGAAAGCCCCUCCACCCCCUCCUCGCUCGCUCCUUCUCCACGAGGACUCGGCGAAGCAGCCAGGUCUCCUCCAUCUUCAACUUCCGUCUGAGGAGCCGGGGGUCAGAGGGAGAGAUGGCUGACGACGAAUACAGCGUCCCAGGUGACGUGGUGGAGGGCGUCGGGGGUCGAACCUACAGCGGUGGGACCUUCAGUGGCAUCCUGCCCCACCCAUGGCCCAAACGACGACCAAGCACCUACAGCACCGCCAGCAGGAGCUCCCAGGUAUUUUAUCCAACUCUAAAUGUCAAUGGGAAGCUGUUUGUUGCCAUGGACCAGAAUGGGGUUUCCCCACCACCGCUGCAGGGGCAGCUGCCUGCCUGUACCAUGGAGAAGGUCAAGGAGGAGAGUGUCCCGACGUCCACCACGGAGCUCAGUACGAUGCUGUUACCUCGUCCUUCGUCCACACAAGGCUCAGAGCGGAGGGGGAGGGCGCUCAGUGCUGCCAGCUACCUCACUGACGCCAUGGAAGAACUGGAGGAGGCCCAUAAGAAGUGUCACCCGUGCUGGUACGUCUUCGCCCACCGUUACCUAGUGUGGGAGUGCUGUCCCUGCUGGCUGAGGGUGAAGAAGCUGGUGAAUAUCAUGGUGAUGGACCCCUUCCUGGACCUGGCCAUCACCAUCUGCAUCGUCCUCAAUACGCUCUUCAUGGCCAUGGAGCACUACCCCAUGACUGACGAGUUCAACGGCAUGCUGAGCAUCGGAAACCUGGUGUUCUCGGGGAUCUUCACAGCAGAGAUGGUGUUGAAGAUCAUCGCUCUGGAUCCGUAUUACUACUUCCAGACGGGCUGGAACAUCUUCGACAGCAUCAUCGUCUGCCUCAGCCUCAUGGAGCUCGGCCUGUCCGACGUCGAGGGGCUGAGUGUGCUGCGCUCCUUCAGACUGCUUCGUGUAUUCAAGCUCGCUCGCUCGUGGCCGACCCUCAACACCCUGAUCAAGAUCAUUGGUAACUCCAUGGGCGCUCUGGGCAACCUGACCCUCGUCCUCGCCAUCAUCGUCUUCAUCUUUGCCGUGGUCGGCAUGCAGCUGUUUGGUAAAAACUACCAGGACUGUGUGUGUAAGAUCUCAAAGGACUGCGCUCUUCCUCGAUGGCACAUGAAGGACUUCUUCCACUCCUUCCUCAUCGUCUUCAGGGUGCUGUGUGGGGAGUGGAUAGAGACCAUGUGGGAUUGCAUGGAGGUUGCAGGUCAGCCGCUCUGCAUCCUCGUCUUCAUGCUGGUCAUGGUCAUCGGAAACCUGGUGCUGUUGAACCUCUUCCUGGCUCUGCUCCUCAGCAGUUUCAGCUCUGACAACCUGUCAGCUCCAGACGACGACGGGGAGAUGAACAACCUGCAUAUCGCCAUCCACAGGAUCACCAGAGGCCUGGCCUGGUGCCGCAGACAGGUGGUGGAUUUCUUCAACGGGAACCUGAAGCGUCGGCGUCAGAAGCGAAAGGAGGCCAAAGCCAUGAUGAAGCUCAAACGCCUGAGUACCAUCCACACUGAGGCCAAUGGAGCUGUCAUAGGCCGUCAUGUAGAGAAGUACGUGGUGCCGGAGGACGACAGCUACAUGACGAACCCCAACCUGACUAUCAGCGUCCCCAUCGCCCCCGGAGAGUCGGACGUGGAGUUCCCAGAGGAGGAGGAGGAUGAGGAAGAGGAGGGGGAGGAGGAGCAGAGCGAGGCCUCCGAGGAAGAGGAGGAGAGGGAGGAGGAGCAAAGGCGGAAGCAGCGUGAUGGUGUUAUAAAGCCUCAAAGACCGCAGAAAGACGAUGUCAGCCUAUCGGAGGGCAGCACGGUGGACCUGAGGAAGCCUGGAGAGGAAGAGGAUGAAUACUCAGAGAUGGCUGAAGAGGCCAUGGACCCCGACAACUGCUUCCCGGACAUGUGCGUGGCCAGGUUUCAGUGCUGCGACAUUGACACGGCAGCGGGUCUCGGUCAGAUCUGGUGGAGAACGAGGAAGACCUGUUACCAGAUCGUAGAGCACAGCUGGUUCGAGUCCUUCAUCAUCUUCAUGAUCCUCCUCAGCUCCGGAGCGCUGGCCUUCGAGGACAUCUACAUCGAGCAGAGGAAGGUGGUCAAGGUGGUGCUGGAAUACGCAGACAAGAUCUUCACCUACAUCUUCAUCCUAGAGAUGUUGCUCAAGUGGCUCGCCUACGGCUUCAAGAAGUACUUCACCAACUACUGGUGCUGGCUCGACUUCCUCAUCGUCGAUAUCUCAGUGUUGGGUCAGCUGGCUCAGUUCAUCUCUGUGGACCAGAUCACCACCAUGCGGGUGCUGAGGACAUUCAGGGCUCUCCGUCCUCUCCGGGCCGCGUCCCGCUUCGCUGGUAUCAGGGUGGUGGUGAACGCUCUGAUCGGGGCGAUUCCCUCCAUCAUGAACGUGCUGCUGGUCUGCCUCAUCUUCUGGCUCAUCUUCAGCAUCAUGGGCGUCAACCUGUUUGCCGGGAAGUUCGGCCGCUGCGUCAACCGCACCGGCCACAUCUACGAGGCCGCCUUCAUCAACAACAAGUCCGAGUGCGAGGCGCUCAACGACACCUCGCUGUUCUACUGGACCAAAGUCAAGGUCAACUUUGACAACGUGGGGGCCGGAUACCUGGCUCUGCUGCAAGUGGCAACCUUCAAAGGCUGGAUGGAGAUCAUGUAUGCAGCGGUGGAUUCACGAGCUGUUGAGGAGCAGCCUAUCAAGGAGAUCAAUCUGUACAUGUACCUGUACUUCGUCAUCUUCAUCAUCUUCGGCUCCUUCUUUACCCUCAAUCUCUUCAUCGGUGUCAUCAUCGAUAACUUCAACCAGCAGAAACGAAAGUUAGGAGGACAGGACAUCUUCAUGACGGAGGAGCAGAAGAAAUACUACAACGCCAUGAAGAAACUGGGCUCCAAGAAACCUCAGAAGCCCAUCCCCAGGCCUAUGAACUCGCUGCAGGGCUUCUUUUUCGACCUGGUGGGGAAGCAGGCGUUUGACAUCAUUAUCAUGGUGCUGAUCCUCUUCAACAUGAUCACCAUGAUGGUGGAGACGGACGAGCAGUCGCCUCAGAUGGAGUACAUCCUGAACAAAAUCAACCUGGCCUUCAUCAUCGUCUUCACCUUCGAGUGCCUCAUCAAGAUUGUGGCGCUGCGAUGCUACUUCUUCACCGUCGGCUGGAACAUCUUCGACUUCGUGGUCGUCAUUCUCUCCAUCGUCGGUAUCGUGCUUGCUGACAUCAUCGAGAAGUACUUUGUGUCGCCAACGCUGUUCCGAGUGAUUCGAUUGGCCCGUAUCGGUCGGAUUCUGCGUCUCAUCAGAGGCGCUAAGGGCAUCCGGACGUUACUGUUCGCCCUCAUGAUGUCCCUUCCUGCUCUCUUCAACAUCGGACUCCUCCUCUUCCUGGUCAUGUUCAUCUACGCCAUCUUCGGCAUGGCCAACUUCGCCUAUGUGAAACGGCAGGCGGGGAUCGACGACAUGUUCAACUUUGAGACAUUUGGGAACAGCAUGAUCUGCUUGUUCCAGAUCACCACCUCCGCUGGCUGGGACAGCCUGCUCAGCCCCAUCCUCAACAACUCCCCCGAGGAGUGCAACCCCAACAUCCCCCACACCGGCACCACCGUCCGGGGGAACUGUGGAAACCCGUCGGUGGGCAUCACUUUCUUCGUCACCUACAUCAUCAUCUCCUUCCUCAUCGUAGUGAACAUGUACAUCGCCAUCAUCCUGGAGAACUUCAGCGUGGCCACGGAGGAGAGCACGGAGCCGCUGAGCGAGGAUGACUUUGAGAUGUUCUACGAGGUUUGGGAGAAGUUUGACCCAGAGGCCACACAGUUCAUCGAGUACGCCAAGCUGUCAGACUUUGCCGACUCGCUGUCGGAACCACUGCGCAUCAGCAAGCCUAACAAGAUCAAACUGAUCUCCAUGGACCUGCCCAUGGUCAGUGGGGACAAGAUCCACUGCCUGGACAUCCUCUUUGCCUUCACAAAGCGCGUCCUGGGUGAGUCGGGCGAGAUGGACGCCCUCAAGCAGCAGAUGGAGGAGAAGUUCAUGAUGGCCAACCCGUCCAAGAUCUCCUAUGAGCCGAUUACAACAACUCUGAGGCGCAAACAGGAAGAAGUGUCCGCCACAGUGAUCCAGAGGUGCUAUCGCAGACACCUGGUAAGGCGGCAGAUGAAGGCCGCCUCCUACUUGUACCGCCAGAUCACCACACCUCGGCAUGCAGGAAGUGAUGGUGAAGAAGGUGGCGAGGUACUGUUCGGGGAGGAUGCACCUGAGAAAGAAGGACUGAUCGCCGCCAUGAUGAGGGAAAACUAUGGUUCGAGUUUGUUAGGGAUAGAGCGCUCCGAGACAAUUUCCUCCAUCUCGUCCCCACCGUCUUAUGACAGCGUGACACGAGCCACAUCAGAGAAUUUGCACCCGCUUGCUGCCAAGACAGAAACAAUUGCUGCCGACACAGCAGGCAGCGAACUGAGCGAACAAUCGCCGUCAGUGGUCGACCCUGACAGACAGCAGGAAACCGUACCAUUGCGGGAACCAAAAAGCAAAAAAUUUCACAAAUGAGGAUAUCCUCGUUUUGGGUUAAGCCUGUUUGUUCUUUUGUUUACUGAAUGUACCAUAGCUGAGGAAUGCUCAGGAGGCGGCAGGGAGAAGCUAUGAGCAAGGAACUGCAGGACGAGUCGAGUGAAGGAGCAAACAAAGUGGAAUAUUUACUACCUUUUAAUGUUAUUUCCUAUUCCCCUGUGGAGAUUCCUGGACUCAACUCAACAGCAUUUUUGGAGUUUCUUAAAGGGAAGCAGAAAAACUGCAAUAACAGCGAGUGAAACCCCGUCUGUCAAGUCAGCUCUGCCUUUGUUGGAGUAAAAGACAGAAGUGUAGAUCCCUUUGACCUCUUGGGUCUCUCAUGUCGACCAGAGCCGGGGGUUCGGAACACUGACUGACCUUUGACCUCAGCUACAGGGGGUCAGAGGGGUCAGAACAACUAUAUCAGAUGUAUCCAUCAUUUAUUGGCCUGGGGGGGGUUGUGCCUUCCCACAGUUGAUCAAUAUUCUCAGAGUACGCCUGGCUGUAAGCGUGACGGUGUUCCUGGUGGUGUUUCUCGACACGUUAACAGUCGACGGCUUUCUGACUGACUGAGACUCGAGAGAGGAGGCAAAGUAAUGAAAACGUGAUUUUAAAAAAUGUUUUCGUAGUAAAAGUAUAACUUUGUUGAUGUUACCAGUCUUUUAAUAGCGGUACGAUUAUUACUAUUUUUUAUAUUUUUUAGAGUAAGUUGAAGAAAAAAAAAAAGCAGUCCCUCUCUUUCGACUUUGGAGCGGCACUAGCUAAGAGAAAGUGGCUGAACUACCACGUUGUAAUCGAUGAGAGGAGAGGGUGUGGUCAGGAAUCCUCAAAAGCCUGAGAAGCAACUUCAUCUGUUUUUGUUGGCAGUUUUGCACUUAUGAGUUUACAUGUGCUGUCACUUUACCGCACCUGGGCAAAGACACAUUGAAAAAGGGCCUGGGAUGUAUUUAUUUUUCCUCUGAAAACCUUUUGAGAUAACACCAAAAACGAAUACAAGUGCACAAUGAGAUUUUCUACCCGGACUCUUCCGACAUGUGUUUUGCCCUGGUGGUGAGCAUCGUCAUGUCCGUCACUUUUUGGCUGGUGGGUGAUUUGUCUAAAAGUCCAGAUUUAAAGUAGAUUUUUUUUUAGCUUCCCUUCACAAAACAAACUUGAACAGAAGGUUCCUGCUGCAUUACUACAUUGCAUGAGGAGACAACUGGAGGUUACUGGCUUGUAGUCAAGGCUGAUAGAUCACUGAUCAAUGACUUGGCAAGAAUAAAGAGUUCAGAUAUGUUGUGAAAAGUUGAGUUAAAUCCAAUGAAACUCUAAAAAAAAAAAAAAAACUUUCAGAAUCAGCAAUUUGGUGCAAAAGGUUUAUCAAGUGAAAAUGUUAUUCUCUUUAAUCCAAAUAAUUUAAUUUAAGCUUUGCGAAAAAAUAAAUAAAUAAAAAAUCAAAUCUAUUUAUGAAAUGUUCACGUCACAAUAUCCUGAAGACAUUAACACCUCAGGCUUUUUUCAAAGCUGGAUAAAUAUUGUUUGGUGCAGUGAAAGGACCAAACUGCUGGUUUGAGACAAACUUGGCAAAGAUGCAAAUAAUAAACUCAUAAAAAUUAAGCAUUUAAGCAUGCAACAAACCAUCAGUCUUUGCAUUUUACCAACUGAACAAAGACAUGGACGCAGGACUGCUCUUGUUAGAAUCACUUAUAUUUACUUGUUAGGCUUUUUUAAAUGCCAUUAAUAAGGUUUUUCCCUCCAUCAGGGGAUUUAAUGUAUCUCUGUAUGGACUUUUUUUGACAAAUCACCCGCUAUCAUUAUCUAUCCGUCUGGUCUGAGUUUGGCUCGGCACACAAGAUCUUAAACCAAAUUCUUCAAGGCUAAAUGGGCUUAAAAUCUUUGAGGUGUCGACCAGCCCUGACCAGAGUGCGACAAUCAACUCGGCACAUCAGCAUCAGGAUUUCACUCUGUUUAGUUUUAUGAAAAGCUCACGCUCUCAGUCAUCAGUGUCCUGGAAAAACCUCUUUUAAAAAACAAAACAAAAACGGUUUCACGGCAGCUGAUUAUCAGUGUAGAGACAACAGGUCAGUCCACUGCUGAAAAUGUUUCUCUUAACUUAUUGGUCAGAUUGUUUUUCCUGUUUUCAGUGCAGUGAUACACAUUUCGAGAUGUUGCAGAUCAGGAAUCAAGACAAAUGUCACCCAGUGCAACAGAGCGCCUCACUGAUGUGUUUUUAAUAGUUUCUGGACAACAAUGGAGCUCAGAGGAGGAAGACACAUCAGGCUGUGAUUCACACACAACACUUGCUAGAUACAUUCACCGUUGGUUUUGGUCUUUUCAUGGAUGUUGACACUAAGAAAAUGUAGAUUAUCAUCUGACUUAUCCUUCAGAUGUGAUAUCGUUUUUCAUCCCAAAUAAGGGAUUCUGUCUGAAAACUGUUUAGACGAAUACUUUUUUAGGAAAAUAUCUGAAGUUAUAGUUACGGUCAUUUGAUAACUGUAAAUGAACAACCAAUGCUCAUGACUACAGUCAAACAGGGUUAGUCUGUGUUUGAACAAAAUAUUCAAACUACCUGGAGUAAUUUUAAAAUAGCUGCAGCUGAGCAGGUUUUUCCAGAACACUGGUGUGACGAUGCUGAAAGCUUCUCUGCUUCCUGUUUCUGCUGAACGAUGUGAGGAAAUAAAUUGGUUAAUUCUGAUUGAUUGAUUUUGAUUGAUUGAUUUGGAGGUCAUUUUCUAGUUAACAGAUUAAAAAGCAAGAUUUUGCUGAAAGUAUUUCAGCAAAUAUACUUUUCCCCUGAAGGGUAUCUGAAUUUGAAAGGAGACUCUUCAAAUCCAAACAUGACGUUAUUUAUUUAUUUAUUUAUUGACUUUUUCUGGUUGAUUGCUUUAUUUUAUCUAAGAUUGUUUUUUUUGCACAUUUUGGCUGCGCCCUGGAGGAAAAGCGGAGGCCAAGCGAGACGGCUCUUUAUCCAUUUUGCACAGAGAAACAAAAAAAACAAACCGCGUCUAGCAAUAACGGUUUGCCGAUACCUUUUAGGUGAGUUCUUUGGUAACACUUGACUUCACAGAAGCUUCUUCUCGCUGUACGGAUCUGUGGAGUAAUGUUUGGGGGAGAACACUUGGAGCAUUUGUUGAAAUCUGAUAAAUUCUGGUUUUCCUGAUGCAGCACUGACAAUGUUAUUGUGGUUUAGCAGACACACACAGGUGAACACACUGGCAUGAAGCUGCUGUGAAGCAGUGUUACCGCUUGUUUUUAUUAAGAUGAAGUGUCAAAGUGUGCGUGUACAGCGUUUGUUCAGUUUGCUUUGAUCUCAAUAUUUCGAACAACCGCUCUCUCUCUCUCUGUCUCUGUUGUCGUGGUCACCCGAGGGAUCUUUACUAAACGCUUUACUAGACUAAUUAAAAAAGAAAAAAAGAAAAAAAACAAUUUUACUGGCACCGUCUGGACUCUAUUUCUACUAGAUUCUAUUGAGAAUAGAUAACCAUAUAAACUAGGUAAAUACUUAAGACACUGCUGAACUCUGCUGCGAGGCGUAUUUCAGGUUGCAGUUGUGCUGAAGGGCUGUUUUCAGUAGCAAUAGACCCAGAGUGUGCCUGCUACAUACGAACCCCAACACUCCAAGCCAUGCUUUCCCACUGGUUGAUUGAUAACGUGCUUGAUUGAUGGACUGGUUGAUUCAUUGAUUUCUUGACUGGCAGAUUGAGUGAUUAUUUGAUUGGUUUAACAUUUGGUUGGUUGGUUGACUGAAUUGAUUCUUAUGCUUUUUGAUAUUGAUCUUGGUCCCCCACCGCCCCCCCUCAAUCACUGCUGUGACUCUUCCUCAUAAGUUGUCGAACAAACAGCACAGAGAGCUGAUUGGCUGAUUUAGUUCUGUAUUUUAAGUUUUUAAACGGUCAAAAAGGUCCAGAUUCACUAAAGUCUGCAGGAAAAAGUGCAUUUUGUCCUGUCAACAGUUUUACAGAUGCCUCUUUUACAACGAUGCCCUGUGGGGAAAAUGCUUUUUGGGCUGUAAGGGAUUUUUUUUGUUGCAGUACAGCGAGUGGCCACUGGUGGAAAUUGGCAGCAAGACUGACUCGCUUCACUGUAUCCAGCUCUCUCAAUACAUCCCUGCCUCACAAUAUCAGUACUUCAGCAGCUGAAGAGGAAAACAAAUGCACAACGUUGCCCUCACAGUGUAACUUUAGGGAAUCUGGACCUCAGACUCUGGUUUGCACUGAGCACAAAAACACAGUGGAACAUUUACUGUCAGUAUCAGGACAGUUAACUGGUAUAAAGCUCGGAGUUUGUUCACAUGAAUCUGUGUGAAACCAACACUGAAGCAUUAAAAACUAAGACCAACUUCAGCUCUCUGUACCGACUGUAUGAGGUCACAAAAGAUUGAAAAAAACCUGGAAACCCCCCAACAUGUCCGAGCAGGAAAGGAAAACUCCAGGUGCAAAAGAUGGAGAAAAGAAAAUGUCACUUUUUCCUGUUCUGAUAUGAAAAACUUAAAAUUGAAAGCAAAAAUAAGCUCUCAUUUUGGAGAAAAACUUUGCUCUGAGCUGUGGGUCAGUCCAUGUGGUGCUACCAAGGGGUUUUGGAAGAGUCCAUAUUAAGAUCGGGGGGGGGGUGUUAAAAUACAAACUGAGAAUCUCUGCUCCUUCCUGCCUUCUUUUCCCCGUUUCAAAACCAAAAGCUGCUUUGUCACCUUCGAAACAAAACGACAAACAUCUAAGUACCAACACGGAGGAAAUGCACAGGAAACAAGUGGUUUCAUUGUUCAUUAUUAUUACUAUUGUUACUAUUAACUGUGUGAUAAAUGCAAUACAACAAUUAUGUAAACAGGCAGUGGGUGAUGCUGUAUCUUAUUUACAGUAUGUGGAUAAUAAUAACGACGAUGUUUUUACUUUUUUUGUCGUCAUGGAUUUGGUUUUUCCAGGCAUCUUCUCACCGCUUAAACCACCGUCGCCCCGUUUACACCGCAACUGGUUUCACAACGGUUGUCAAACUGGUUUCACCAGAUCUCCGGCUUCAUAUCAGUCCUCCAGAAACCUCAUAUCUCAAGAAAGUUGCCUUUUUCAGGAACGGAGGGGAGAAUAUGUUGAAUGUUUCCCCUCCUGACACCUCAAUCUUAUUUUAUUCCAGCCGAAAUUGUGGAACGCUUCUCUCAUUGUUAAUGUCGAUUUUAAGACAAAAUGAGGCUGCUGACAGUCCGUCACAAAUACAUCUAGUAAGAAAAUAUAAAUCACUUAGUUGGAGAUACGAGGUUUCUUGAUGCAAGCAGUUUUUUUUGUGUUUUUGCUGGAAAAAGCUGAGACCGUACAGUCGGAGGGUGAAAACCUAGUAACUCCAAAGAUCAUAAGGAUCAGGAAAAUAUGAAAAGGAAAAGACAGAAAAUGGGAUUUUUAAGUCCAAGAUUCCAAUUAUUUUAAAAAGCUUAAAUUUUACAACAAAAUACAAACCUUCAAAGUUCAAAUUUAAGUGGUUUUGUCUCCAUCACUGAGUUGGUAAAAUUUUUAGAUGUGUAAUGUUUCCAUAUUUUUAAAGUCUAUUUUAAAAAAAAACAUCCAAAAAUGAGAAACAACAAGUUCCAAGGUUUUCCUCUGACCUCAGUGGUACUCACUCUGCAACCGUUGGCAAAAACUCUCGCCAGUGAAACCUCGGUGUAAAGGAGGCGAAAGCCGUGCCUCAGUGACCCCACCUUGGUGUUUUAGAGACAAUAAUAAUAAUUACCAUGAUUAUAAUAUGAAUAUAUAAAUAUAUAUAUAUAUACUUUUUAGUACUUUGAGUUGAAAUACUUUAGUAUUUUGCAAAUACAUGUCUCUGUAUAUAAAACAAAAGCCUCCUGUAAUAAACAAGAAUAAAAUUUAAUACUGAA